CACGGACCUCCACUACCACUACUACCAGCAGCGGCUCGAUAAAACAAGUCGCCAGCGAGAGGGGAAGCUUCAGUGUACCGUUGGCUCUCGGCUCGUCGACAGAAACGCGCGCGCGACCGAGGCACAUUCGUGCACAAUUUUAUACACGCACGUAACCGCAGUCCGGGUCCAAUGCACGCCGCAAGUUUACACACGGCCGGACGACGACUAUGAAUAUUUAUCAUCCCGCGACGGUGCAAGUGUUGUCUUUUACCUUAUAGAGAGCAUCGAUCUUGUGACUGUAUCUAUCAUACAUUGCUCGAGUGAUUUAUAAUAUUUACUUACUCUCAAGUGAUUGUUUCUUUCUUUCUUCUUUUUGUUUCGCCUGUUGUUGCAUUGAUAUUUCAGUGUGCAAAUACUUGUCGUAAACGCGAGUCAGUGCGUGGCAGCAGCGGCGUUCCUAUAAUGAACAUAAUAGACGAGGAAGAGGAGAGAAAGCAAAAACGGCAGCAGCAGCAACAGCUCCGAAUAAGCUACGCACGUUCCGAAAGUGUGUGUGUUCGCUAAAUUGUGUUGAACCAAGUUUUUGCCCGAGCAAAGCAAACUUCCACAAAACCAAAGUGUUAAAGGUCGACUCCGACUUUUACUUGCAUAUAGUGUAGUCGAUUAUUAGAUACACAUACGACGCAUAUCGCGAAGGAACGAGAGGCUGCACACUAACACAUGAAAAAUGUCUAGCAGCGUGUGUCACGCACCUUUGCCAGCUAGAAUGGAGGCAUUCACUACUCGUAUGUGCUUGACGGCCGUCGACCAGUACCAGCGACUCUUGCAGUUCAACAAGUCGCUGAACAGCAGAGACAGAAAGACUGUGAACCCAAAAAAUGCCCCGGCCGGAAAGAAGACGUCGUCCACGACGAGUGCGUCAGCGACGGCAGCAACGCCAGCAGCAGCGACAACCGUCACAGCGAGCCCGGCCACGAAGCGCAGGCUGAGAGACCUCGCGGUGAACUCGCACACGGUGUUUCGCCCGUGGCGACGCCACCACAGCGACAAUGCAUCGAAGAGCAUGAAAAAUGCCAAUAACAGAUCGCUGCCGAACUUCCCGAACGCGGCGGCGCUCGACGGCGAUCGGGUAACGGCCAAGACGACGACGACGGCGAAGACGUUGCAGGUCGACAGCAAGGCCAACGGCCAGGACGAGAAUCGCAGCAACAACUGCCAGGCGCCACAGGUGGCCCGAACGAGCAGCAAGAAGUGGCCACCUUCCUAUCUCUACGGUGGACAAGAUGCCAUCAAGUCCGAGGACGAGUCGCUCAAGGCUCUGGCAAUUAACGCUUUGGACCUGACCGCACCAGCGAGCGACCUGUUGCUGAAGAAUCGCCUCAAAUCCUGGUUCCAAUUGUCCGGUCAUCCGGGUGGCUUCGCGCCAGCUGGACCUGGCACCGUCUGGAAGCGCCGCGUCGACGUCAACGACGACACCGAGCGCAAGGUUUACGAGGCUCUGAAAAACGAUCCAGCCCUCAAAGACUGUAUACCGAGGUUUCAAGGCGAGGUGGAAUUUGGAGGCCACAUAUUUCUGGAGCUGCAGGAUCUGCUGUUCGGCUUCGACGAGCCCCACGUGGUCGACAUCAAGCUCGGCACGAGGACCUUCCUCGAGUCCGAGGUCUCGAAGACUCAGGCGCGCAGCGACCUGUACGAGAAAAUGAUCAGCGUCGAUCCGAACGCACCGACGCCCGAGGAGCACGAGGCCAAGGCCGUGACGAAGCUGCGCUACAUGCAGUUUCGCGAGCAGCAGAGCUCGACCUGCAGCCACGGCUUCCGCAUCGAGGCGCUCAAGCUACCCGACAGUCCGCCCAUUACGGAUCUCAAAAAGGUCAAGUCGCACGCGGACGUGCUCUCGACCAUGCAGCAGUUCAUCGGCGGCCGUAAAGACAAUCGCGAAAAACUGAUCGCCAAGCUGAAACACAUUAGGAAUCAGAUCGAGCAGUCCGAUUACUUCAAAACGCACGAGGUGAUCGGUAGCAGUAUUUUCAUGAUUCACGACAGCAAAAAAGUCGGCGCCUGGCUCAUCGACUUCGCGAAAACACGCCAAGUGCCACUGGGCUGUCGACUGGAUCACCGCACGCCCUGGCAAAAUGGCAAUCACGAGGAAGGCUUACUUUUCGGCCUCGACAAGCUCAUCGCGACCCUCGAAGAGGUCAAAUGUUGAAUGAAAAAGUUUUCUCGUUAAAUACUUUACAUAUUAUGUUGUACACAUAAACGCGAGCGCGUGCGUCCGAACGACGGAAAUACGAAUGAAAUUCGCCACGCGCGACGUACGCCAUAUAGACGUAGUCAUGAGCGUUUCAGAGAUCGUAUUAAUGAAGAACGCGCGGACUGAUUUGUUGAUCAUAUCAACGUUAGGUUUCAUCUACUUAUAUAUAAAAAUACCCAUUUUGUACAUACACUCGCCCGAUAUCAUUUGUAAAUCAUAAAAUACGCGUGUUACGAUACAUCAAUUGAAAUUAAAAAACUCUGGUCUGAUUAUAGCUAGAUCUUCGUUAUAGCUGCAGUUAAAGUUAGAUAGUUACUUAUUUGAGCAUAAGGCCUGUAUUUAGUUAUUAUUAUAGAUAAAAAUUGUAAUAUAUCUAUUUGUACUUAGUUAUACUGAAUAUUGACUUUUUUUAACUCCGUAAUUUAACGUAGAAAAGUCUGAAGUAAUCGAAAGCAAACAUGAGUAUGUAUGACACCGUGAGUGUAAUGAAUGAACAUUUUUUAUGACGUUAAUAUGAGUGCGAAUGUGUAUGAAAAUCACAGAAUGAUUCUAGAGCGAAGUACAAAUAAUUAAUUUAAACACUCGCUUGUUCGAUGAAAUAGUAUUUUGAUAACUCCAAUUAUUGUACAAUAACUGUUCUAUUGCUCUAUUUGUAUUAAAUGAUCGCAGUUAUCUGAAAAAUUGUAUAGUAUAGUGAUAGAACCUACAUUAGAUGACUUUUCAUUAAUUAAAUAAACAAAUAUUUGAAUCAUAAA